CAAAUAAUAAUUAAAUGAAUCAUAAAAUCACAAUCAUUUGCCCAUUAUUUGAAACAGGUUCAGGAAAGGUAUAUCUCGCAGAAGAAGUGAUUUAGAAUAGUUAGAUAAUAAAAUAUUUUGCAUUUGAAUUUAGAUAAGAUUAUGUGGAAAAAGGAUAUUUUUUAGAAGGGGUGAAAAUUUUAAAAAAUCUAAAAAAGUCAAGUUUAUUUAGAAACUAUUAGUAUAUGUAUAAGAGUCUCCCUUAAGAAAUUUUUUUGUUUGAUUAUAUAGAAGGUGAAUUCUUAGAGAAAAAAAUAAUGGAGAAUAAUAAAUAACUAAAGUCGUUUGAUAAUUCUGAAAUAUAAACAUAUUUAAAAUAACUAUUAGAAGCUCUUUAUGAACUUCAUUCAAAUAAAAUACCUGGUAGAUUAUUUUCUGUUUAAAACAUUUUAUAUUCCUAAGCAAGUAAAAGAUUAAUUCUAAUGGAUUUUGGGUUUGGCUGUGAAAUAAAUUAAGAAAAAUUAGAUAUUUUAGCUCCUCCAGAAUAUUUAGAAAGUUUAAUUGAGAAAAGUAAGAAUAUUUUAUAAUAUAGAAUAAAAUGAUUAAGAAUUUGAUUUAAAAUUUGAUUCUUGGCUUGUAGGAGCAUUUUUAUACAACUUAAUAAAAUUGAAACCAAUAAAUAUUAUAGAAAUACAAAAAAAUACGCUUGAAAAAUUAAAAUAUGAUAGAAAAGAAUAAUAUUUAUAAUAUUUAAAAUAAAAGAAGACAAUUUCAUGUUAUACUAGUAGAUACAAUAUAAAUCUAUGUUAUUUUGUGGAGAGUUUACUAACUUAUAAUAAAGAACAAAGAUUAUCAUUCUAUGAGAUAUAUCAACAUUAGUACAUUUAAAGUCUUUAAAUAGAAGAGGAGAAAAAAUAUUUAAAUUUUUAUAAAAACAUAUCUAUGAUUUCAGAUUACUUUUAAGUGGUAUCUACGGAUUAAUUAAAGGGACCUAAUGAAAAUACAGAAAUUCAUAUACAAUAAGGAAAUUAAUAAAAGUAGAAAUCACAAUUUACUUCUUCUGUGGAUAGUUAAUAAAAGUAAAAACAAAAACCUAGAAUAAUAGAGAUAUCACCUAUAAAAAAUUAAAAAAUAAAUAAAAAGUUUCCUGAUUAUUAAAGUGUUAUUAUGAAAUAACCUGUUUUUCAAAAUAAAAAGUUUGAUAACUUUUUCCUUUAAAUACAAUUAGAUUAUUUAAGAUGUUGUAUAUUAGCAGAAACUGCAGAAAAAAUAAUAACUUUAUUACCAAGAUAUAAAUAUCCUUUUGAAUAUGUUCUUGCAUAUUUUGUUAAGAAAAUGCAUCUCAUGAUUUUGAGGGAAACUGAUCAUUAUUUGAAAUCAGAUUUUUAUAAAAAUAAUUAUGAUUUAGAUUGGUAGGCAUUUUUAAAAGACUAUUCUAAAGAUUUAUUAAUUUGUCCAGAAAUAAGUUACUAUUGUGACAAAUUAAUGAAAGAAAUAAUAGAAAUGUUUAGAGAUCAUUGUUAUAUUCAUUUACAAGGAAAUUCUGAACUUUCUGAGACAUUAAAAAAAUCUUUAUCAAAUUCUCUUGCUCAAAAUCAUAAUAUAAUAUUUACUUCUGAAGAAUUUUUAGAUAAGGGCUAUUCUGAAGCUCUUGAAAUAUUAUUCGAAUGUGUAAACUAGAUAAGAGCUUAAAAUGAUAAGUCAGAGGAAUUAUAAUUAUUUUAGAAAUAAAUUUAUAUAUGCAUUACAAUAACAAGUAUCAAUCUAGAAAACUUUCAAUAGACAUUCAGAGAAAUGCUUCCAGAAAAUCAAUAAAUUAAACCUAGAGAUAUAAUUCUUCAUCUUAGAUUAAGCAGUCACAAUUGAUGAG